AUUGCGCUCGAGCUCUGCACCUUUACCCUGGCGGUUGCCCUGGGUGCUGUCCUGCUCCUGCCCUUCUCCAUCAUCAGCAAUGAGGUGCUACUCUCACUGCCUUGGAACUACUACAUCCAGUGGCUCAACGGCUCCCUCAUCCAUGGCCUCUGGAACCUCGUUUUUCUCUUCUCCAACCUGUCCCUUAUCUUCCUCAUGCCCUUUGCGUACUUCUUCACUGAGUCUGAGGGCUUUGCUGGCUCCAGAAAGGGUGUCCUGGGCCGGGUCUAUGAGACGGUGGUAAUGUUGAUGCUCCUCACUCUGCUGGUGCUGGGUAUGGUAUGGGUGGCAUCAGCCAUUGUGGACAACAAGGCCAGCAGGGAGUCACUCUAUGACUUCUGGGAGUACUACCUUCCCUACCUCUACUCUUACAUCUCCUUCCUUGGGGUCCUGCUGCUCCUGGUGUGUACUCCGCUAGGUCUCACCCGCAUGUUCUUGGCCACUGGGAAGCUGCUGGUCAAGCCCUGGCUGCUGGAAGACCUGGAGGAGCAACUGUACUGCUCAGUCUUUGAGGAAGCAGCUUUGACCCACAGGAUUUGUAAUCCCACCUCUUGCUGGCUGCCUUUGGACAUGGAGCUGCUGCACAGACAGGUCCUGACUCUGCAGACACAGAGAGUUCUGCUGGAGAAGUGGCGGAAGGCUUCAGCCUGGCAGCAGAACCUGGGCUACCCGCUGGCCAUGCUGUGUUUGCUGGUACUGACGGGCCUAGCUGUGCUCAUUGUGGCCAUCCACAUCCUGGAGCUGCUCAUCGAUGAGGCUGCCAUGCCCUGGGGCAUGCAGGGUGCCUCCCUGGGCCAGGUCUCCUUCUCCAAGCUGGGCUCCUUUGGUGCCGUCAUUCAAGUUGUACUCAUCUUUUACCUGAUGGUAUCCUCAGUCGUGGGAUUCUACAGCUCUCCACUCUUCCGGGGCCUGCGGCCCAGAUGGCAUGACACAGCCAUGACACAGAUAAUUGGGAACUGUGUCUGUCUCCUGGUCCUAAGCUCAGCACUUCCUGUCUUCUCUCGAACUCUGGGGCUCACUUGCUUUGUCCUGCUGGGUGAUUUUGGACGCUUCAACUGGCUGGGCAAUUUCUACAUCGUGUUCCUCUACAAUGCAGGAUUCACGGGCCUCACCACUCUCUGUCUGGUGAACACCUUCACUGCAGCUGUGCGGGCAGAGCUGAUCAGGGCCUUUGGGCUAGACAGACUGCCAUUGCCUGUCGCCGGUUUCCCCCGGGCAUCUAGGAAGACUCAACACCAGUGACCUCCAGUUGGAGUUGGAAGGGAGAAAACUGGACAGUGCUAUCUGCUGCCCAGGCCUGGAGGACCACCUGGGCGGGGUGAUGGACCUUAGGACCAGGAAAGGGUUGGUGGUAGAGGGGAGAUGAGCCAUCUACACUGUUGCAUAACAUGAGCCAGAGUUUGGGACCAGGCUCCCCCUGCUUUUCCAGAUUUAACUCUGAGACUCAGUAUGGGGUGGGACUGGGUGACUGGGUCUGCCUCCUGGUCCCAAAUCCGUUUACACAUCAAUCUGCCUCACUGCUUUUCUGGGCCAUGCCCAUAUCCAUGUUUACAUGAUUUGAUGUGCAAUAGGGUGGGGUGGGGACAGGGGAGGGACUGAAAAGGGGCAGAGUUGGGAGACAGAUUGUCUCUACCUCUGGCCCAGAAGAACCUAAGCACUGUGCUAUCCUGGAGGGGUUUUGGACCACCGGAGAGACAAGGGCAUGGGGAGGAAAGAGCCACAACCAUCAGCAAUAAAGUUGAUCCCAAGGUUUGCUUUGGUUU